CUGGCCUCCAUCCCCUCGCUACCGCCGGCCGUGGCCGAUUUCGUGAAGGGAGCAGUGGAUGAGUGCAAACCCGCCAACGUCCACGUGGUGACGGGGACUCCGGAGGAAACGGCCAACAUUCUGGCAGGCCUGGAGAGGGACGGCAUGGUCAAGAGGCUUCCCAAAUAUGAGAACUGCUGGCUGGCACGUACGGACCCGAAGGACGUGGCUCGGGUGGAGAGUAAGACCGUGAUUGUGACCAAGAGCCAGAGGGACACCGUACCGAUCCCCGCUGGGGGGGUGAAGAGUCAGCUCGGUAGCUGGAUGAGCGAGUCCGACUGGCAGAAAGCCAGACAGGAGCGCUUCCCCAGCUGCAUGGCAGGUCGGACCAUGUAUGUGAUUCCGUUCAGCAUGGGUCCCGUUGGCUCCGCGCUCAGUAAAUAUGGUGUGCAGGUGACCGACUCGCCGUACGUUGUGGCCAGUAUGGGGAUCAUGACUCGCAUGGGCACGCCUGUUCUGAAGAAACUGUCCGAAGGAGCGGAGUUUGUCCGCUGUCAGCAUUCUUUGGGGCGGCCUUUGCCGCUCAAAGCUCCUCUGGUCAACUCCUGGCCCUGCAACCCGGACAAGGUGCUGAUCUCCCACCUGCCGGACACCCGGCAGAUCUUGUCCUUUGGCAGUGGUUACGGGGGGAAUUCCCUCCUUGGGAAGAAAUGCUUCGCCCUGCGCAUCGCCUCCCGCAUCGCCAAGGAUGAGGGCUGGCUGGCUGAGCACAUGCUGAUUCUUGGAAUCACCAACCCUCAGGGGGUGAAGCGGUACAUAGCCGCGGCCUUCCCCAGCGCCUGUGGGAAAACCAACCUGGCCAUGAUGAAACCAUCUCUUCCUGGCUGGAAGGUGGAGUGCGUGGGAGACGACAUUGCGUGGAUGAAGUUUGACAGUCAAGGCGAGUGUAGAGACCUGGCAUUUAAUGUGCCGCAGAGCGGGCGGCAUUCUAAAUCUGGUCCCCGUCUCUCUGCAGGUAAACUCAGGGCCAUCAACCCAGAGAACGGCUUCUUUGGUGUGGCUCCAGGCACCUCGGACAAGACCAACCCCUACGCCAUGGCCACCAUUGCCAAAAACACAGUGUUCACCAACGUAGGGGAGACCAGCGAGGGCGGCGUGUGGUGGGAAGGGCUCGACCCCCCUGCUGCAGGCGUCACGCUAACAGACUGGCAUGGCAAAACCUGGAAACCAGGAAAUGCAACAAACUGCGCCCAUCCCAACUCCCGCUUCUGCGCCCCCGCAGCUCAGUGUCCCAUCAUUGACCCGCAGUGGGAGAGUGAGGAGGGCGUUCCCAUUGACGCCAUCAUCUUUGGAGGAAGGAGGCCGGAAGGUUUGUCCCGCUUUUUUCUUCUUCGGAAAAGCCCCAUGUUCCAUUUCCAAUGCUACUCAAGGAUAGGAUACUCUACAUAA